AUGGAUGUCGAACGGCUUCUGCCAGCGAUCCUGAUCAUUCUGGCCCUGGCCUUUGCCUGCGCCGUCGAGUCCUCGCUCCAGGCCGACACGCACUGGGAGGACGACAUGCAUUUCCCGAACGUCGGCCAUGUCGAGGGAAUCAGCACACCUGCGCCGGAGACGUGCGUUGGAUUGUUGGGAGAGUGCACGAACGUCGAAGAUGACGACGACGAGGACGACGAUGCGGGCAUGAUCAGCCGCAGAACGCUGGCUCAAGGCGGAAGGUACAUUAGCUACGGCGCGCUCAGGCGGAACAACGUCCCCUGCAACCGCCGAGGUCACUCCUACUACAACUGUGCUAGGUCGGGCAAGGCGAAUCCGUACAGGCGCGGCUGCAGUGCCAUCACGCGUUGUGCUAGGACUUCCAAUUAA